CUCAAAAAUGUCAAAAUUUAACCUGAAAUGGAUGUUCGAAGGUCGACCUCAAAUUUGUUCACUGAUAGUUUGAAGUAUUUUUGUGUUUUUAUAAUUACUUAUCAGAAAUUUAAAAAAAUAAGACAUCGCGUUUGAUAGCAAGUUGUUUUUUUCAAUUUUUCUUUAUAAAUUUUGAUAGUUUUGAGUCGUGAUUCACCUCUAGUUAAAAUUGUACAUCGGCCACACGUGAGGUAGUGAUUUUAAGGUUCAGUGUAAAAUUGCAAUAUGGAAUCGUGGGAUGAAGAUACUUUUGAACCAACUGUCCCUAGCGUUGUUCCAGUAGCCUCUAAUAAGUGGGAAGGCGAAGAUGAAGAAGAAGAUGUUAAGGAGAGCUGGGAGGAUGAAGAUGAAGAAAAGAAAGAAGAAAUAAAGGUUGAGACAGAGCCCAAGAAACCCAAAAAGAAACCUUUAGCUGAAAAAAUUGCUGAAAAAGAGAGAUUGAAGAGAGAGGAGAUGGAAAGGAGACUUAGAGAGGAGGCAGAAGAAGAUAUAUCUCCUGAAGAAAAACUUAGGCGUCAACAAGAAUCUGAUUUGAAAUUAGCUUUAGAAACCACUUUUGGUGGCAAUAAAAGUAAUGAAGUUAUAUCUGAUAUUUCUUUACCCAGCUCAACCGAGGAAUUUGAGGCAUUCACAGAUACUCUAUCUAAAAAACUCACCCCGUUAUCAAAAAGCACAGAAUAUCCCACAUUCGUAGAAAAUUUGACUAGAAAUUUAUGUGCCACAAUGUCUUCAUUGGAUAUUAAAAAAGUUAAAAACUCUUUAGAUAACUUAUUUUUGGAAAAGCAAAAAAUUGAGAAAGGAGACAAGGCCAAAAAGAACAAAGGAAAGGGCAAGGCGAAAUUACACAUUGAAGGUGACAAUCAACUUUCUCAACUAUCUGCUUAUGUAGACGAUUAUAAUGAAUACGACGAUUUCAUGUAGCAACAAAAAAUUCGGAUAUCUCUUUAUACUAUUUUAAUAUUUUUUAAAUAUAAAUUAUUCAUAUUGUAACAAAUACUUCUAACUUGAUGAACGCAUUUUAUCAAUUAUACAAUAUAAUAUUCAUUUUUUAUGUACAUAUUAUAUGUAUAUACUAAACUUACUGGUUUUAAAUUGGCACAAAUAAAAAUAAUUCAUACAU